GCGGCGGACGCAGCGGCCGAGCCACUUGAGGACGCGGAGCGGCCCCUCCCCACGCGAAACAUGGAGAAGGCCCCCGGCGACGAGAUAUUCCGCUGCCGACUCCCCGUGGCCGUCAGGGAAGAAGUGUACCAGCUCUUGAGGAUGAUGGGACCCUUGUUGCUGGCUCGAGUCUUCAGUUAUCUGCUUCCGUUUGUGGUCACCAUGUUCUGCGGACGCCUGACCAACGAGGUGAUGGCCGGCUACGGGUUAGCGUUUGCUACCAUCAACGUGACCACGGCGGCAACGGGUCGGGGCUUGGGGGUGGCGGUGGACACUUUGGUGGCUCAGACAUUCGGCGGCCGGAACCUGCCGCGCGUGGGCGUGAUCCUGCAGCGAGGCGUCGUCAUCCUGAUGCUGUUCUGCCUGCCCUGCUGGGGUCUGCUCCUCAACGCCCGGACCCUCCUGCUCCUCAUAGGCCAGGACCCCGAGGUCACCCGAAUCGCGCAGUUGUACAUCACCGCAUACCUCCCGGCGAUACCCGCGGUGUUUCUGUAUCAGCUGCAAGUUUCCUACCUUCAGAAUCAGGGCAUCAUCGUCCCCCAGAUGUACGCUGGCGCCCUGGCCAACGUGGCGAACCUGCUGACAAACUACGUCUUCAUUCACGCGCUCGACCUCGGGGUGAACGGCUCCGCAGCGGCCAACACUUUGUCGAAGAUUUACAUCUGCGCCUUCCUGUUUGCGUGCAUCUGGUGGAAGAAGCUGCACAAAGCCACGUGGCGAGGCUGGAGUCUGGACUCGCUGCAGGAGUGGGGCCCCUUCAUGAAGUUGGCCCUCCCCAGCACCCUCAUGACGUGUUUCGAAUGGUGGCUUUAUGACUUUGGGGGCUUUUUCGCAGGAAUUCUGGGAAAAGACCAGCUGGCGGUCCAUCACGCCCUGAUAACAGUGGGGAACCUCAACUACAUGAUGACGCUGAGCAUCCAGGGGGCGGCGUGCGCCCGGGUGGGCAACGCCCUCGGCGCGGGCCACACCGCGGGAGCUCUCUUCACCUGCAAGGUGGCGCUCUCGCUUUCAGUCGUCUUCACCGUCGUCCAGGCCGCCGUCCUCGGAUCGACCAAAUCCGUCAUCGGCUUCCUCUUCACCUCUGACGCGAAGAUCGUCCGCCUCCUCUCCGGCUUGCUGAGCGUUUACAGCUUCCUGCAGAUAUUUGACGGCAUUGUGGGGGUGUCGGCGGGCAUCUUUUUCGGAACCGGCAAGCAAAAGAUCGCGGCGGUGGCCAACUUGGUCGGCUACUACGGCGUCGGCCUCUCCGUCGGUGUGGUGCUGAUGUUUGUGGCCAAACUCAACAUUUUAGGUUUCUGGCUGGGCCUUCUCCUUUGCGUGGUCCUCCAAUCCACCUUCUACGUGGCGGUCAUAUUCCGACUCAACUGGAAGAGGAUCACGGAGGAGGCGCUGAAACGAGCGCAGACCACGACCAUUGCGGCGUUACUGAACACGAGCACUGCGACGGACCACCGCGCAGGACUCGGGCGCAACUCCGCAGAAGGUUCGACCCACGUGAGCGGCGAGACUCCACCGGCUGACCCGGACGACGUCGGGCAACUCUCCGUCUCCCAGUUGGUUCUCCGCCGUGGCGUCACCGCGGUUACGCUGCUGGGCCUCCUCGUGGCGGGCGUUUGCCUCCACUUCCUGGUGCCGCCGACCGAGAACCUUUCGCCGCUUCGGGUCAACCUCACCGACGCCAACGUCACAAGCGCUGCUGCGUCGGACUACAGACGGGAAAAGUGCGAGUGUGCAAAGUACGAGAAGACGGACAUGGCGGGCGACCGGACGGUCUUGGGUCUGGAGAUGCCCCCGAGCCACAGAGAAGAACUGUACCACAUCUUGAGGAUGACCGGUCCUCUGUUGCUCUCUCGGGUCCUCGUUUAUCUGCUCCCCUUCGUGGUCACCGUGUUUUCUGGGCGUCUGGGCAACGAGGUGAUGGCCGGCUACGGGUUGGCAUCCGCCACCAUCAACGUCACCACAGCGGCAACAGGCUACGGGCUGAGUCUUGCUUGCGAUACUUUGGUCUCCCAGACCUUCGGCGGGAAGAACCUGCUGCGCGUGGGCGUCAUCCUGCAGCGAGGCGUCGUCAUCCUGCUCUUGUUCUGUCUGCCCUGUUGGGGUCUGCUCCUGAAUGCCCAGAACCUCCUGCUGCUCAUGGGCCAGCACCCUGAGGUCACCCGAAUUGCACAUCUGUACAUCGUAGCUUCCCUUCCAGCCGUGCCGGCGAUGUUUCUGCACAAUCUUCAAGUGUCUUACUUGCAGAACCAGGGUAUAAUUCUUCCGCAAAUGUACACGGCAGCCGCGGCGAACGUCGUCAAUGCGAUUUUGAACUACGUUUUACUGUACUGGCUGGAUUUCGGGGUGACCGGAUCGGCGGCCGCCAACGCUCUCUCUCAGAUUAGCAUCUGUGCUCUGCUGUUUGUGUACAUUCGCUGGAAGAAGCUGCACGUAUCAACCUGGGGAGGCUGGUCAGUGGAAUCUCUGCACGAGUGGGGCUCCUACAUGAGGCUGGCCGUUCCCAGCAUGCUCAUGAAGUGUUUCGAGUGGUGGGUUUAUGAGUUUGGUGGCUUCUUCGCGGGCAUGUUAAGCCAAGACGAGCUGGCGGCCCAGCACGCGGUCAUGAUGGUGACACUCCUGGCCUACAUGUUCCCUUUUGGCAUCCAGGCCGCGGCGUGCGCCCGGGUGGGCAACGCCCUCGGGGCCGGAGACACGGGCCGGGCCGUCCUCGCCUGCAAGGUGUCGCUCGCCCUCGCAGCCGCGUUCGGACUCGCGGAAGGCGUCGUCCUGGCCUCCACGAAAUCCGUCAUCGGCUUCAUCUUCACUUCUGAUCAGAAGAUCGUCAAUCUGGUUUCCCUUUUGAUGAACGCUUACUGCUUCCUUCAGUUCUUCGACGGCCUCGUGUGCGUGUGCACGGGCAUCUUUCUGGGGACGGGAAAAGCCAAAAUUCCCGCCGCCGCCAACCUGAUCGGCUAUUACGGCGUCGGACUCACGCUCAGCAUCACGCUCAUGUUUGUGGCUAAGCUCCGAAUUUUAGGUUUCUGGCUGGGGAUGCUGAUUUGCGUUAUCCUGCAGUCCAUCCUUUACGUCGUCGUCAUCUUCAAGCUGGACUGGGAGAGGAUGACGGAGGAGGUAAAUCCACGAGGACAUAAUUCACCAAUCAACUUGACCGACGUCACCGUGAAAACAGGAACAACAAAAACAAAAAGUUGCACAGUUGGAGCGUCGCAGACUCCUGUGGCGUUUUCUAGCCGUGAAGCGCGCCCAACAGAACACACACGCAGCUGCCUUACCGAACCCGGCCGCGCAGGACCAGUACCGGCCCGUCACGCGCGACGCCCGCAUGGUCCCGGAGCGGCGGCGUCGACGGCCCGGCGGCGCCCACCCCCCUCUGAGCCAGCUGCUGCUCAGGCGAGGCCUCACGCUGGCGGGCGCCCUCGCCCUGCUGGCGACGGGCACCUGUGUCUACUUCCUGGUGCCCCCGCCCGAGGCCCCCCAGCCGGCGCGCAAUCUGACUGCAACGGACUGGGCCAAUGGCACACGUUAUUGAUCGCGACGGCGACGACAUUGAAGGGAUUCAAACGUCACAUUCGGGCCAACCGCUGCCGGUCGCCCAGCAGAGGACGGCCUAGUUAAAAAAAAAAAAAAAAAAGAA